UUGCUGUCACAGCGCUGAAGGCACAAACAAUCGGAAGCAGUCAGCUGACUGAAUCUGACAGCAGGGCUACUACAGCAGACAAACACCACAUUUAGUCAUUCUCAGACGCAAGAAUGAAGAAGAACAAAAGCAAAGCGAGCAGCACAGCUGAGAAGGAGUUCGUGUUUGAGUUCAGGGCAGGGAAACACAAUUGUGUCCUCAAAGUGCCUCUGCAGUUUCCUGCUCAAGAGAACAUCUGUGACCUCCAUGGACGCCUGAUUCUGCUGCAUAAAAUACCCUGCUACAUAGAGAACGAGCUAAAAACCUCCCUUUGCAACUUUGUUGAGACUGAGACCAUCCUGGAUUAUGACAGAGAGGCAGAGCUGGCGCUGCAAAGACUCACAGUGGGAGAUGUAGAUGUGAACCAGCUCACCAACGCAUGGACCAGGUCUUAUGUGGAGACGACGCUGGAGCACGCUCGGCCCGAAGAGGCCAGCUGGGACGAGGACUUUGCCGAUGUCUACCACGAGCUGAUCCACUCGCCGGCCUCGGAUACCCUUCUCAAUCUGGAGCACAACUACUUUGUUAGCAUCUCCGAGCUCAUCAGCGAGAGGGACAUGGAGAUUAAGAAGCUCCAAGAGAGGCAAGCCGUUGAAAUGGACAAAGUGAUGCAUGAGCUGGGAAAUACUUUGAGUGACCAUGAUGUAAAUGCAGUCGCCUCUCAACACUUUGAUGCGCAGCAGGUGUUGGAGAACAAGUGGGCCAGUGAGCUGAAGCAAGUUACGGGCAUUCAAAAGCACGAGUAUCAAGAGUGGGUCAUCAGUCUGCACCAGGACCUGCAGAAGUCCAACAACAGCAGCCAAAUCAAUGAGGAGAUUAAGGUGCAGCCCAGCCAGCAGUCGGAGCUGGCGGACUCCGGAGCCAGGAUGUUUGAGGAGCAGCCGCAGCUGGAGGAGAGUUUCACCAUUCACUUAGGAGCGCAACUGAAGACGAUGCACAACCUGCGGCUGGUCCGGGCCGACGUGCUGGACUUCUGUAAGCACCGGCGCCACGGCAGCGGCGGAGCCAAGCUGAGGCGGCUGCAGACGGCCCUCUCGCUCUACUCCUCCUCCCUGUGUGGUCUGGUGCUGUUGGUCGACAACAGGGUCAACUCCUACAGCGGCAUCAAGAGAGACUUUGCAACGGUUGCAAAGGAGUGUACAGACUUCCACUUUCCCUUCCUGGAGGCGCAGCUGGACGAGGUGCAGCAGGUGUUGCUCUAUGCCAGAGCCCAGCGGAGCAGCAAGCAGAAAGAGCAGCCCGAGGUUGCGCGGAACGGAGGUGACGAUAAGAGCAAAAACGUCGAAAGAAAUCCGUCCAACAUCCUACCAGGUGAGUUCUACAUCUCGCGGCACUCCAACCUGUCCGAGGUCCACGUGGUGUUCCACCUGUGCGUGGACGACAACGUGCGCUCUGGGAACAUCACGGCCCGGGACCCGGCCAUCAUGGGCCUGAGAAACAUCCUGAAGGUCUGCUGCACGCAUGACGUCACCACCAUCACUGUCCCGCUGCUGCUGGUCCACGACAUGUCAGAAGAGAUGACCAUUCCGUGGUGUCUAAAGAGAGCAGAGCUGGUAUUCAAAUGUGUCAAAGGGUUCAUGAUGGAGAUGGCCUCAUGGGAUGGAGGAAUAUCCCGCACAGUCCAGUUUCUAGUGCCAAAGAGUAUCUCCGAGGAGAUGUUCUACCAGUUGAGCAACAUGCUGCCUCAGAUCUUCCGCGUCUCCUCCACCCUAACUCUCACCUCAAAGCACUGAAUGCAGCGCGUCGCCACCUCAAGGCGUUCCAACGGUAGUGAAGAUUUUAUGACAAAGUAGCACAUGGGCCUCGUUCUUUGAAAUUGGGUUAACAAAGAUGUGCAAAAAAGAAAAAAAACGAUAUUUCUAAAGUAAACAAGCGACGUUUGGUGAGCCUUGUUAUUUUUGCUGAGCUACGCUGUAAAUCCUUCUUCUCCAAAGCAGCUGUUGCAGUUAUCAUUUCAAGCCGGCGGGGUGCGGUUGACGUCAUGACAUCAGCUGCCGGGGCCAGGAGGGUACCAGUUUCUCUUUUUUAAAGCUGCGUCCUGUUGCUUUCUGCCCGUUUGAGCGGCAGCAUACGGAGGAGAAGGGUGUGCUGGUGAAGUUGUUGUAACUCGCUGGUCGGCAAGAAUUAAGAAUUAAGUGUCCACUAGAGCGAUGAAGCAGAAUAGUUGCAGGAUUUGGACAAGUGCGAUCUAACUGUGAUGUGUCUUUUGUAGUGUUUUAACGUAUAUGAAGACAGUGUUAAUUAUAAUAAUUAUUAUGUUAAUUAUAAAAACUCUGAAUUAUUUUUAAAUGGCCAUUGAUCUCCUCUUUAAAUAUGUUUUUAAAAGGUUUCAUAGACAAUAUGUGGUCCCUGUCGCCGUCCCAUUUCAAGUCCCAACGUUUGAUCACACAGUUUGGCCACCAUGUGAGUCUUCACACCCAAAACCGUUGGGGCCGAUGUUUGGGAGCUCAUUGGUCCAAUGAGAAGGGACAUGAACGUCGACUCCUACGGCGCCAAAGAUUACUGUCGUUGAUGCUGAAAGGAACAACGUGUGAUGGUUUUUUCAUGCUGCAUUGCAGUAACUUGUAGUGAGGAUCACUCUGCUUGUGUCUGUGUGUGUGUUUGGUACCUCCCUUCUACAUCUGUAACAGCAGGUGGCACUGUUCCUGAAGACAAAGAUGUACCGAGGGGGGGGACCACACCGCCACUUACACACUUUGUCUCUUUGUACAAGAGGUUUAAAGAUAUUAAAUUUAAAAAUAGUGUCGGCCGACCCUUGAAUUUCAUGUUAGUCCUCAUGAGCCGGUUCAACACUUGAAACUAAUCAGAUGUAUUUUCUGUAUAUUCACUGUAUAUGUUUACAUUUUUAAUGUUUGAAUAAUAAAACGCUCUCCACACAGAUUUGAUGUAAAUUUCUUCCCGAAAGCCAUUAUAAGCUUGCAACAGACUUUCCCAUUUUGGAUGGUGAGCUUUUUUUCGCCCCCUCUGCCAGCCAUGUACUGCUAGUGGCGUUUGGUUCAGCAUUUUAUUCAGUGUGGAUGACUUAUCCACAGGCACAUAAUCUCUUUGAAGUUAAUAAACCCUGUCAUUCAUCGGAAUUACAUUGCUCCUGCAUAUAAUGGUGGUCUUUAAGCCAUUUCAGACGGACGGAAAUCAAUUCAGCUUGACAGAAAGUUGGCCACGGCUAUGCUCAGAGGUGGUAUUAGGAAGAUGUGUUGAGUUUUGGCGUCUCCUCUUUCCGGAUAAACAAGAAGGCCAUUCGGUUUGAUUUGGUCCAAUUGUAACUGUUUAUAUCACGCUGCCAUGCUGAGAACCCAGAAUAUUUUGAGAAUAUGUAUUGCAGAGGGUUUGCCAAGCAGGUGGUUGGUAUCGCUGGCCUGCAGCGUUGGGUUUCCUUGGGA